GAAGAAAUAUUAAAUGAGCUACCUGAAUACAAACAGUAUGAGAAAGUUUAAACUUCAAAUGAAAAAUGUUGUAAAGGAGUUUGUACUUCUGUAGAUCAUUGUAUCGAAAUUAAAGCAGUUUUAAAUUUAAGUAGUUUUAAAUGUAGCAAUGAAUAAAUUAGUCAUCAUGAUUUCUACUGUUAUUUUAAUUGUUGAGCAUAUAAUCAAAUAAAAUAAACAUUUAGUUCCAUAUAUAAUAACAAUUUUGAAGUAUUCAGUAAUUAUAAUUUUAAUAACAUAUUUGUGAAUGCAAAUUGUGAUAUAGUAGAUAAAAAUUGUUUAUUUUAUAUGAAUGGUAUUUUUCAUGAACGGAAAAAAGAAAAAUAUUUAUACUUUUACUUUAAAAACAAAGAUAAUGGUAAAAUCCAUGAGCAAUAAAAGAACUAAAAAUAACUUAAGAAGAUGAAAAAUAUAUGUGAAAUCCGUAUAAGGAAACGUUGUAUUUGUUUUAUAAGAGAGGAAAACCAUAAGAAUAUGUACACAAUAUAUUUUAAAUGUGAUCAUCAGUAUAAACCAUAUAAUCUUUUACCAAAAAUUAUAUUAUCUAGUAAAUAUUCAUAAAAACUAAUUUAAGUAUUAACUAUUGACAAUUAUGUUAAAAAUAAAGGUUUUAAUCUAAUGAAAAAAUUAUUUAAUAAUUUAAUAUAUUGUCCCUCCUAUAAAUUUAUUGUUAUAGGAAUACUUUUCAUAUUAUUAAUAUUUUAUAAA